UUAACCUCAAUCAUCGUCAAAUCCCAGCUCGUUGAAUUUCUCAAUAAUCAACAUAAAUUCUAUAGCCAACUUCUGUGGCCGCAUUUGGCCAGCGGCAGUGCCGAACGGCAGUUAACAAUGCCAGCCAAGAGAGCGUCAACAGCGGCCCAGCCAGCUGCCACAGCCAGCACAACAACGACAACAACUCCACUGAGCAACAUGUCCAACGGAAUGUCACGGUUAACGCCAGCUCGAGACUUGACCCUCGGCGGACGAGGGGCAACAGCGACUAAGAAAGUAUUUGCACCUAAUUUAAAUGCGGUGCGAAACAAGAACAUCAAUGUAAAGACGUCCAAGGACUUUACCCAGCCUCGCGGUGGUCGUCGCGGUGCUCGUGGCGCUGGUGGUGCAACUCGUGGUCGUGGCGCCGGUAAUGGCAAUUCAACACUCAUUCAAACAACAGGCGUUUUCUCAGAAGGCGCUGGAGCAGUGCACGUGCGAAAACCCUCAAGCGGCGGGGGCGGCGGCUCAUCCUAUGCGCGCGGCGGCGAAGAAGUGGCGGUGUCACGAAAGCGCAAGGAUGAUAAGACGCCCGAUCAGCGAGUUCGCGAGCUAGCGGGUAGCGAUGCCAGCGAAGACGACGAGUCCGAGGAUGAGGAAAGUGACCUUGAAAAGACUGAAUUGAACUUCAAACCAGUGAUGCUAAAGGAGGGUCUCUGGAACAGCCAAAAGCUGAACUUAAAACAGGAAGCUGCAGUCAUACCAAAGGAAAAUGCGGAUGCAACAGACUCCUUGGCUGUGGCGCAGCAUUUACAGCAACUGCACGUGCAGUCCAGACCGGAGGAUCCACCCGCACAAUAUGGACGCUAUCCCCGCAGUAUUGCCGCCUUUCUCGACGCGCCCCAAUCGCAGCUGUUUAUCAUGCAACUGCCCAACGUGCUGCCCUGCGUGGCAGACGAAGGUGAAGAUGCAGCACCAGCAGCAAGCACAGAGCAGCCGACGGCGAGUGCUGCCGCCUCAGAGCAGCCCAACAGCCCGUUACCCACGUCGGGACGGGAAGGCACGCCCAAGCACAGUAUGCUAACACAGCUGGAGGAGGGUCAAAUAGGCAAGAUAUUACGCUAUCGCUCCGGCCGGGUUAAGCUUCAGCUGGGCGACACGCACUUCGAUUUAGAUUUAGGCUUAGAUUCAGGUUUCCUUCAGGAGGUCAUGUCCAUCAACAGCAAUCGGGAGCAAAGGAGCGGCAACAUGAUUAAUCUGGGUCCCAUCCAGGCGAAGCUAAAGGCCACGCCCGAUUGGGAGCAUUUGUUCAAGCAGCUGGAGGCAGAUGCCCGACAACCAAAAUCCGCAACGUCUACAUUACCCACAGCAGCAACGGGAUCAUCUGCUGCCACGUAGCACUCGCCAAACUCGA